GCCAUGACUACUUUCAUCUUCUCUCUGGCGCUAGUAGCGCGUUUGACCUCCGUUGUUUCUUUCCCGAUUUGUCAAAAUGGGUAUCGAUAUUAACCAUAAACACGACCGCAAGGUGCGGCGGAAGGAACCGAAAUCGCAGGAUGUCUAUCUUCGGCUUCUUGUUAAAUUGUACCGGUUUCUCGCGAGACGUACAAACUCGAAAUUCAACAAGAUCAUUCUGAAGCGACUCUUUAUGAGUAAGAUAAAUCGCCCACCAAUUUCAUUGGCUCGGGUGGUACGGUUCAUGAAGAAGCCAGGUCGUGAGAACUGCAUUGCGGUAAUCGUUGGUUCAGUGACUGACGACGCAAGAAUCUUUCAGAUUCCAAAACUUACCGUUUGCGCUUUAAGAAUUACUGAAAAAGCCCGUGGACGCAUUCUUAAAGCUGGAGGUGAAAUCAUAACUUUUGAUCAACUGGCCCUUAGAGCACCAACCGGAAGGAAAACUGUUUUAAUGCAGGGUCGACGUAAUGCCAGGGAAGCCGUUAAACACUUUGGACCAGCUCCUGGUGUACCCCACUCCCAUACGAAACCACUCGUUCGGUCGAAGGGUAGAAAAUUCGAGCGAGCCAGAGGUCGUAGGCGCAGUUGUGGUUACAAGAAAUAAGCUGUUUCAUCUUGUCAUCGUUUAUUACCCCAAAUAUUAAAAUUAUUCCUAUAGGAAGUUGUUCAUAACAUUUUUUUUGAACAGAUAUCCGUACCUAACAUCCUGUGUUUGGGAAGAUUGGGAAAUAAAUGGUGACAUUUAUAAUUUCGCCGA